GUCAACCGCAAGAUGGCGUAUCCAUCGCAGAAAUUGUCAACAGAAGCAGCCAUCUUGGAACGCCGCGCACUUCAUUUCGGGACUACGGCGGGAUUCUCAAACUUGAGGACAGUUUUGAGCGAUUUCAUCUAGAAUGUGUAUGUAGUCCACAAGUAGAAUGAGUCAGUAUAUCCAGGUAACCGAGGAUGAAGGCGACGAUCCAAUGGAGGUUCCAAGCGAGGACGAUGGAACUCUUCUGCUGUCAACACUAGCUGCUCAGUUCCCAGGGGCUUGUGGAUUGAAAUAUAGAAAUCCAGAUUCGGGUGCUUUCAGAGGAAUUAGAUUGUCUGAUGGACGUCUUUAUCCACCUGAUGGGAAAUGGGGAAACAGGAUGUUUAUUGCUGUGUUUCCAAAAACUGGAAAUGAGUGUAAGCGUGUACGUGAAGAAAAUCCUGUUAUUGACAACACCAUGAUCAGGAGGAAACAUGAAAAAUCAAAAUGCAGCGACCUCAUAGUUCUGGGUUUACCCUGGAAGAGUACAGAAGAGGACCUCCGAAAGUAUUUUUCAACUAUUGGUGACCUACUGAUGGUUCAGGUAAAAAAGGACACAAAAACUGGUCAGUCCAAAGGAUUUGGAUUCAUACGAUUUGCAGAUUAUGAAUCACAACAAAAAUGUAUGGCAACGCGGCACCUGAUAGAGGGAAGAUGGUGUGAUGUGAGAAUACCAAACUCAAAGGAAGGAGCACAAAAUGUUAUGAACAGGAAGGUUUUUGUUGGAAGAUGCACUGAUGAUAUGACAGCUGAAGAUUUGCGACAGUAUUUUGGAAAAUUUGGAGAGGUUGUUGAUGUAUUUAUCCCCAAACCAUUUAGAGCAUUUGCGUUUGUAACUUUUGCCGACUCGGACGUAUCCCAGGGCUUGUGUGGUGAGGAUCACAUAAUCAAAGGAGCCAGUGUGCACAUUAGUAGUGCUGCCCCAAAGAACUACGACCGACAGAACGACAAAAAAGCAAUUACGCCAGGACAUCCUGGAUAUGGACAGGGAUAUGCACAUCACAGCUCAUGGAGUCAGGGAGGGAGAAGCAACACUCAGGCCAUGGCCAACCAGGGCAGUGCCAUGGGGCAUGGCAACAUGCCUAAUAACCUGAGUCUGGGUCCGAUUCAGAUCAGUCCUGCCAUGCUGGCAGCAGCCCAGGCCAUGUUGAGUGGUCAGGGGGGAUGGGGCCCCAUCGGUCUGGUCAGCCAGGGCAAUAACACCGGGACUGGUAUUGGAACCGGUGUUGGAGUCAAUGUGGGUGGCGCCUCAACCCCAAAUGCCCAGCCUACAGUGGAAACCUCAAGCCAAGCUAGUGCUCAGAGCUUUGGAAGUAUCGGGAGCAACAGUCAGGCAGCGGCAGUAGCAGCCCCGGUCCCCACAGCCAGUAAUAGUUUCCUGGGGUGGGGCAGUUCCCACUCCCAGGGCAGUGAACCAGGCAGCAGUCCGGGGGUGGGGGGAUGGGGCACGCCUCAGAGUGGUAAGACAGGGGGUACAUGGAACUAACUGGACACUUUUGAGGAUAAAAUGAAAUGCAUGUGGCAGAGGCAUCUGGAGUUAAUUGCAGUGAGCAAGUCUUGUUUGUGUGAAAGUCCAUAAAAAACCUGUACAUGAUGUGUAUUGUAUUGUUGUGUAAAGGGUGUUGAUAUAAAUAAGCAAAUCAAGAUGUGAUUGUCUUUGUAUGAAGUGUUCUUAUUUAAACCACAAGGAUUACCUAAUAACCCAACUCCUCUUCAACUUCGAUUCUUAUUUAGGAUUAAAAGUUCUUUUCAGUAUUUUUUUUAUAUUUUUUGUACAAUAUGCUACAAUUGAUUUUGGUUUAAAUUACUUUAUUGAUGAAAAUUAUGACUGGAAUAUUACUAAAAAAUUACCUUUGCUCAUGCACAUAAAUAGAAUAUUAAUGAAAACAAUUUACAUUUGAAGUACAUGUAUUUCUACUAUUGUUACAAGCACAAUGUUUGAAAUUUGUUUUUUUACCAGAGUAUUUAAAAUCGAUACAUAUACAGAGCUUUCUAUUCUGGCAAAAUGUAGAUGAAGUUACAUACAUGUUAUGCACUGUUACUUUGUUAAUGAGUUUUAUCACAGCAUGCUUUUUGUUAACGAUACUUCCUUACAUAAGUUAUAUUGAUUACUAAUACCACACUACCCGUGUAUGCUGCUGUUUCUGAAUAUCUUUGAAUAUUUCUUUGAAAUUCACCACUUGUUUGUUUUUAUUUUUGUUACAAUUUGUAAUAAGUAAAGUUUGAUAACAUGUAAGGCUCUGUUUGUUGACAAUGUUUUGUUUCGCUUGCAGUUACAUGUUUUUUAAGUACACUGUACCUUAACAAAUGACUUUUAAAUCAACUUGUUUGAAAGGAUUGAUAAAGAUCUUUAUCCAAUGACAGUUUGCUAUAGGAAGUCAGAAGUAAAUCAAAUUUUCAUCUGUACCUUUGUAAGUACAUUGUAUAUGAAAAUCAAAUGAAGGUAAAGGAUUUUUUAAGAUGGUACCAGAUUUACUGAACUUUUAGUGUUGUUUUUUCAUGGUAAAUGACUCUAUAUAUGUAUUUAAUUGCAAUCAGUAUAAAGUUUUGACAAGUAAAUUUAAAUUAAUCAUGAUUUUUUUUCUAUCAAAAUAACAGUUAUGAUGUAAAUUAAAUGUGUCGUGUUUCAAAUAUUCUCAGUACAGUUUUCAAUCAUGGGACAAAAUUUAAUAAUUUUUGUAAAUUGUAUUUAUCAAACAUGUAGUUUUUCUUGUCAACUGCCUCAACUGAAUUAAGGUCAUAGUAAUCAUGAUAAAAUAUUUCUCAACAUUUUGUAAAGGAUAUCCAACAAUAUAGGAAUUAAAUGUGUUGAAGCCUUUCUAACAUGUAAUGUUACCCGAUACAAUUUAGAAUCGUCAGAAUCAGAUUCGGUUAUUGUUAUGUUUGAUAUGGAAAUAUGGGUUUAUUGCACAUCAAAAAUCCUUUUGUCAACUGCUUGAAAUCUGAAACUUCACAAUGCUUCCAAAUUUUGUCGUUAUUGUGAUAUUGAUGUGAGUAUAUAUAAUCAUGAUGUCGUGAGGGUUGUUGAUUUAGAGUGAUGUGGUCCCAGUUCUUUACAUUUCAAAACCUUUCAUAGACAAUGACUUUUUACCGUAUAUACAGUAUCUUCUCUCCCAUGGCACUUUCAGGUGAUAUACUUUUGAAACAAAAAAGCAGAGAAUUAAAAAUGAAUUGAAAAAACUAAAUUGAAAACCUGUAAAACAUUAUACUCAACAGUUUGAAAAAAAAUGUGAUUAAUUUGGGGAAUUAUUUCUUAAAUGUGGAUUCAGGAAAGUGUUUUAUUGUUAUCUUUUUUUUGAAAAUUUUAAUUAAAAAAUUAGUUUAUGAAUAAUAAUGCAGAAAGGAUUUCAAUAGAUGUGGGAAGUUGUAUUUAUAAAAUAUCUUGAUGAUGACAGACCUGGAAUGUCUGGUUGGAUGAGUGAAAUAUGACCAUAUCACCUUAAAUGACAGGAGAAGGGGAGACAUGAAGUGGAAGUGAGGGUAACGUGGCUUGUUGGUUCACAUCCUUGUGGAUGCCUUUUGAAAGGGAAAUACAUGUAUUGUAAAAAUGUAGAUAGUUUAGAAGAAGAAAUUUGACUGAUUGUUUAUCAAGCCUGAAGAUCAAGAUGUGUUUGCUGGAAUGUGUUAAGUUAUUUAAAAGGACAUUCAUUUAAUAUCCGGCUGUGAAAACUGCCCGUAUGGAAUCAUCGCAGAAAUCAUGAGAUGUUUUAUAUAACUUGUUUACUAGUGAGGUAAAAAUGAAGAUGGGAAUAUGGAAAAAAACAACACUUUUUUAGUGUUGGAAUUUUAUAUGCAGAAUAUAUCGUACAACUCACAAUAAUUUAUCAGAGUUGUUUCAAAUGUUGGACAUUGAAUUAAUUUUGAUAUGGUAGUUUAUGAUUGGUCAUGAUCAUGAAGAAUGGAAAAUAUGGAUUUUAUUUUUUUGCAUCAUUUUGUGACAAUUUAUAGGUGAAAUCAGUGUUUUGAUUUUUUUAAAGAGGGAGAAAUAUGGGUACAUAAAUUUUCUAAAAUCUGAAGAUUUUUCUUCACAAAAUAAUUGGCAUAUUAAGGGAGACCAAUACAUAUACCAUACAUUGAAUUCUGAGAGUAAUUUGGUCAAUGAAAGAUGAAGGAUAUUAUUAAGUCUGAAGUUUAUGAGAUCAAUAUGAGAUCAGUAUGUAUAUUUUCAUUCUGAAAGUCAAUUUUAGAAAGUGAAAGAUAGCUUGUUUAGAUACGUUAAAGUUAUAAUGUUGGUAGCAUCGCAUAAGAGUUCUCAAAAAUCUACUUCAGGCGGCAACACAUAGUACCACAAUGGUUUCUGCUGAUACUGUGUGGCCAGGGUUUGACUCCAUGGUAAAUGUAAGGUAAUGAUAUUGGUCCUGGUUUGUGUAUGACCUCAUUCAUUUGCAUAUAUGUAAAUAGAAACACCCUGAUGGAGCCAUUUCACAUUAAGUCUUUCUUCAACUAAGAAUCUUGUACAAAUUUAUGCAAACAAUUAACCAAAUAAUUUGUAAAAGACAAAAAAAUGAACGAAUGAAUUUAAUGAAAGUUUAGGAAAAGAUGGCAAAAUAUAAUGUUGAUGUGUUUUUGCUUUCGAACACUGUCUUUGAACUGUUCAUGUUUCCGAUGCCAUGAUGAUUUUCUUAAAGAAAUUAAUGCUGAUAUUGUUUCAUAUUUAUGUAAAAAAAAAAACAGCUGAUGACAUUGACAAUGAUGAGUAAUGAAAUUUGACAGUUUUAAAUUGAUGUUGACUAUGAUGCAAAAUUGAUACAAGAAAAUUUCUUUGUUGAGAAAGACUAUUUCACUAUCUGCUUUUAUAUUAAGUGUGAAUUUGUGGUAGAUGUAGUUUGCAUAAAGAAUAUUUGACUGUGUAGAAAGGUGAAUUAGAGACGAAGAGUCUCUGUACAUGUUAUAAGGAUAUACUAAAAGGUGUGUCUGGAUUACAUAGACUUUGUAUAUAUGUAAGACCUAGCUAUUACUACUUAGGUGUGUAACUGUAUACCCAUCACUACAUAUACACGGCUAGAUGUGUGGUUGAUCUGUGCUCUAAUUGAGGAUGCAUGUGUGUAUGUGUAAAACAAAUUCUGAAUAACUGGUUAUUUUUGCAAGUAGAUGUACUAUAGGUAAACAUAGAACACUAUCGAGUAAAAGUCAUUAGACCGUAUUUCAAAACUGAGGAUGUAGCAGUAGUAUUUUGACUAAACUUGCUAUUAAUUUCGGCAUAAAAAAUAUUUAAGAAAAUAACCAGUUAUAAGGUUUGUGUAUAUAUAUUAUAUAUUAUAAACGUUGACUUGGUCUUCUCUGUUCCCUAUAUUAUGUCAAGCCAAGAUUUUACAAUGUGAGUAAAGUCAUCUGGUCUACACCUUUCUCUAGAAUGUCUUGUGGCUGUAGCAAAAUACUGUGUCAACAAAUUUCUUAAGUAAAUACAAUAUAACAUUGUAAUUGAUUCAAUUCAGAUGCAGAAAUAAUUUGGAAACUUUUUAAAAUUGUAAAAUGAAUAUAAUGAAAACUUUUUUGAAUUUGCUAAAUGAAUGUAAGCCCUGAAAAACUGACUUGUCCUACAUAAUAGACUGUUAGAUCUAACAUGCAUACAUAGUUAUCGUGCUAUAGAAAACAAGCAUUUUUUCUACCUGCUCUUUCUGUCCUUAUUUCAGAAAUAUUUCUAAAGUCUUCUGCUAUUCUUAUGAACAUAUUUUCUUUCCUUAUUACGAUUUUUUCCCAACUUGUGUAAACCCCCGCAGGCACAGAAAAAUCAUACUGCAAAAAGAAUACAACUGAGUACACAGAGCAGUACUUAUAAAGGAUAGCAUAAUCAUUUCUUUCUGUAAAAUAUCUUUACUUAUUUCCUUUUUUAAUGAAUUAUUUUCUUCCAAAAGUAACAGCAUUGCCAUCAACAGCAAUGUAACUAAUGUUUUAUUAGAUUUGUCCUGUAUUGGAGUAUUUCACAUGGUUUUAGAAGAUGAUAGUUUAGUUUUGAAUGUAAGUGCACGAUUGGUAUAAAUGGAACUUUAACUUCAUUCAAUAAGAUCUACUUUUUAUACAAGUGUUAUAAAUCAAUAUGUAGAUUGAGAGUCUGUGUUUUACCUCUCGAGUUAUCUCUCUUAUUUUCUUUUUAUGCAUCUUUAUUUCAAUGACUUGGUUCUUGUACUGUUAAACAGGAACUGUAUGCCUCAUUAUAUUUUCGCCUACUUUCCACCUCUGAACAAGGUUGUUGGUUCAACACUGUUCAAUAUUUUUAAUCUCUCAAACACCUUAAUUUUAAAUGGUUGGUUCAUUUACUGUAUAAGGAAUAUUUUCACCCUUUAAGGUUGAGAUUUCCAACACCAUGUUGUGUCUCAAGCAAAAAAAGUUUACAUCUUUGUCCUAGGGUUACCAUUCCCUUGAUGUCACUAUUAGAAGACCGGGAGUUUACCUACAUUGCUAAAAUUAUGGUACAUGCAAUAUUAAUACUUUACAGCAAACUUGUGGGAAAUGUUAUGCUCUAAUUCCUUGAAAAGGCCCGUCACCUUAAAUUCUCUUAUUAUAAAGGAAAUGUUACCAUGAAUGUAACAGGAAAAUAAGUUUUCCAUGCCUAUAUGCAUUAAAAAAGUGUUGGAACUUUCAAUCUUAAUGAAGGCAAAUUAAUCAGGAACAAAAUAAAAUGUGUCGAAUGAUAUCAGUAAAAUCUUGAAAGGGAGGGCAGAUUCAACCCAUGGAAUAUAAUGAAAGGUGCAAGGGCGAAAACUUAAUGGGGCAAACAUAAUUACAUUUUAUAGUUACAUUUUUUUUUAAAAGAAUCUUGUUUUGGUUAAUUUUAAGGAUGGUUAUAAUAACAGUUUACCCAUUUUUGACAAUAAUAAUUUAUAACAAAACAGUACCUAGGGUGUUUGAAAGAUUUAGAGUAAAAUUGCAUAGAAUUUAUUUUUCAAAUCACAGGUGAAAAGAUCAUAUCAUAAAGGAUACUUGACAAGCAAAAAUUGGUUAGGAUCUACAUUUGCUGUACUCAAGUUUAUAUCAGGUGUAAUCUGCAAGCUUUGGGUGGUAGAUUUUGUUUGAGAACAAACUCGUAACAUUUGAUAUAUUUCCUAAUAAGUUGUUGUAAGUUAGUAAUCUGGUUUAUCUGAUAGUCUGUACACUAAAGAAAAAAUAGCACUUUGUACCAGAUGCAUGCAUUGUCUUCUCCCUUUUGAUAAAAGAAAAUGUAAAAUGCACAAUUAUCCAAAAUUAACUAGUGAUAAUCGAAGUAUUGAAACCUAAUUCAGUUAACAGAUAAGCUAAAAUAAGUACCUUGAUUGUUAGCAAACAACUUACAAAAAAGUUCUCAUGCUCGACACAGUAACACUUAUUUAGAUUAAGAUUUAAUACUGGUGGGCUUAUACAAUUACAACAUCUUAAUUUUAUCAUCAGUUCUCUUAUUAAUUGAGCUUUGUAGCUCUUAAUUAAGUAUUCCUUAAAAACAAGCUUCUUAUCUUAAACUAAAUUCUAUUUUAGCAUGUUUCCUUUUCCUUUUCUUUGGAUUUUUUUAAGUAGAUAAAAGUUAUAUUUAAAGGCAGUUGAAACUAUGUGCAGUUAUUGAAAUGUGUAUAAAACAAAAUUAGAUAUAUUUAUUUACUAGAUGACUAGAUUAUCAAUUCUAAUAUGCAUGAUUAUGAUCACUAAUUAAAUACAACCACCAUGCAAAUAGUUUUAAUGGUUCUGUAAUUCUACUAACAGCAGAGGGAUUGGUUUUAACUUGUAACCAGCAAACUGAAUUGUAUAUAUAUAUAUUUGUAUCUGGUUACUGAUAUGAAAUACUGGAUGAACUGUUUUAUUUGCAUCUUUAUAAUUUCAUGGAGAUCUUUAUUAUAAUAAGUUAAGCUUAAACAGAUUUUUAGAUUCCGAAUAAAUUUUAACACUUUACGCGAAACAGUUAUUUAUUCUGUAUUAAUAGGAAACUGAUUGGACAAUGACGUAGCUAAUUUAUUUACCAAAGUAUACAUGUGGAAUGAAUUUUAUGAUGCAUAAAAGUUUUCAUCUAUUAUACCAAGCUUCAGAAUUGACGAAUAAAAUUAGACAAAAAGUU